AUGGACGACUCGCAGCGUCAUCGACUGGUCCAAUCCGCCUUCCAUGCCCUCGACCACAACAAGGACGGCUCCAUCAACGCCAGAGACCUCCUCUCCGUCUACGCCGACACUUUUCCCACCCCAGAGCCAGGACACGCCCCAUUGGACGAGGCAACAGCAAAUGCUUUGAUCUCAAUUGCAUCAAGCUACUCGACAGACGGACAGGAUUCGCCUUCGAUCUCCUUUCAAGAUUUCCAGCAUUUCUUGAAGAUCCACCGGAUAGAGGUCAUUCCGACCGAUAAGGGGUGGACCCGCGAGAGUCUGGAAGCAUUACUCAAGGACCUCACUCAGGUCAAGGCGAGGAUCUCGGAUAGCCUGCAUCAGGAAAGCGCCAGCGCAUCGUCUUCUUCCUUGACUGGUCCCGCAGAACCCGAGGUCUCAAAGAAAAAAACCCAGGAACCGGUCAUUGGAAGCAUCGAAUACAUAAAGCGUGUUUUGACCAGCGACACCGUCAAGCACCUGAUCGCUGGAGGUGCCGCAGGAGCGGUUAGUCGUACCAUCGUCAGCCCCCUCGAGCGCAUGAAGAUUUUAUUCCAGGCAAGCAGCCCUGAACCUGCAAACUACCAAGGAGUUAUUCCAACAUUACGCAAGAUGUGGGUGGAGGAAGGGUUCCUCGGGUUCAUGAGAGGAAACGGCACCAAUGUCAUACGUAUUGUUCCUUACAGUGCAGUUCAAUUCGCCAGUUACGAGCAGUUCAAGAAGCUGUUGGUGGAUCCUACCACACGCGAAUUGGAUACACCUAGACGAUUGACUGCAGGAGCAUUGGCUGGCUUGACUUCAGUGGCGUUCACCUACCCUCUUGAUAUUGUGCGCACUCGCCUAUCAAUCCAGUCCGCUCAGGUUGCAAACACAAAGGAAGCGCAGGCUGCGUUGCCUGGUAUCUGGAAAACAAUGGUUAAUAUUUACACCAAGGAAGGCGGCGUAGUCGGGCUCUACCGUGGACUCGGACCGACCCUGACUGGUGUUGCACCGUACGUUGCGCUGAACUUUCAAGCGUAUGAAGUGCUACGUUCACACUUGACACCACCAGGAGAAGUUGCGCCGUCUGUGGGCAUGAAGCUUAUUUGUGGCGCUGUUGCUGGAAGUUUUGCACAGACAGUGACUUACCCUUUAGACGUUCUUCGCCGCCGUAUGCAAGUCACAGGCAUGGACGCUGUUAGCUACAAGUACAGCUCUACGUGGGACGGUGUUAAAAAGAUUAUCAAGCAGGAGGGUGUGCGCGGUCUCUACAAGGGCAUGAUCCCUAACUACUUAAAGGGUAGGCUCAACACACAUCUCUACGAGAACAUGGUCCUCUAG